AUGUGAGAGUGUAUUUGUGUGAACUCAUAUGCAUGUGUGUGUGUGUCUGGUGAUUGCUGCUACCUACUUUGCCUCCCCCAGCACUUCUGUGGAGGAGGGUUCCAGAACUCUGCUUAUCACAUUCCAGUCUGAGGAGGAGGACCAGAAUGCAGAUGUGUUGUGUGUGUUCUACAGGACAUGUUUUCAUACUAUACAGCUAGUGUGCAGGGUGUUCUAGGUGUACAGGUUGCUAGUGUGAUGGGUGUUCCAGUGUUCUAGUUGUGCAGGGUGCUAGUGUAAUGGGUGUUCUAGUUUUCUAGUUGUGCAGGGUGCUAGUGUGAUGGGUGUUCCAGUGUAGUUAUGUAGGGUGCAUGCUGGGUAAUGAGGGUGUGUUGGGAGCUUGAGGUGUAUUGAUUGUUCUAGAGACCCAGAUAGAUGGUGAGAUAACACUGUAUAAUGCUCUGCAGCAUGAGCAGAUCAAUGAUAAAAGUCCUCUCCUAGCCUGUGGACUGAAAGCUGACUCCCUGAAAGCUGAUGGGAGCUAGAGGGUGUGCAGAGACUAUGACUAGGCUAAAUAAAGCCUUCUAAUCAGAGCUGUAAAUAGGCAAGUGAUUAACAAGCUGCUAGACCCUCCCAGCAGGAAGCUGGAUGUGAGCUGAAGACGCUAGCUCAUUAUGGUUCAGUGUUGGUAGUCUAAUGCUAACUUUUGUCUGCUCUGAUACAGUUAGGCGAGGGCUGAUGUAGCAGUUAUCACCAGGGCUAACUGUUAUCACAUUGUUUUUGACUUGAUCACUCAACCUUCUGUUGAAGUUAGCCUCUGUGCUAACCCCUAGUGGGACAGAAAUGCUAGUUUAGCUAGCCAAGGGAACUGCAUGCGGUCAACAUGACUGCUGACUAUGUGGUUGUGAUGGUGAGGGUUGAGUUUAGGUCCGGGUUAGUAGGGGUAGCCAGCCUCCGAGGUGAGCGUGAAGGAAGUAAAGGGGACCAGGAGUGAGUCUGGCGCUGCUGAACAAACUGGAGCUGCCUCCCUGCCUCAGAGGCAUCAUGCAGAAGCCCACGCAAGCCUCGGAGGAUGACGGUGAGCUGAGGAGAGACAAAGCCCUGAAGACCGUCAGUUUCCUCGACGCCGUCAGUGUCAUCACAGCCACACACUGCACUAUGGAGUUGGACGCACACCACGAGAGUCAACAUGGCUUUUCCGAGAGCCCACAUGGCUACCCAGAGAGCCAACAUGGUGGGCAGAAUGGUCUGGGAAGCCAUUCUAAGGUUCUGGACUCUGAGGUGGCCCAGGAGAUCCGGUACCUGGACCAAGUUCUGGAGGCUAAUGGCUGCGAUGGAUCCACCGACGGGCCGACCAAUGGCACAUCCACGCCUGAGCGCAGCGAGGUCCACAUUGACGGCUCUUCCCCCUCAGUUCUCGUGUCUGGCAUGGCGCCUCCUGCUGGCCAGGAGGUCAGAGUGGAGGGCGGGAGGCAGACCACCUUUGUUGACCAGGAAGUGAAUCCCUCCAAAGCCAAUGGCCAUUCGGCAGACUCCUCCUUCUCCUCCUCCUCCUCCUCCUCCUCUUUCUCCUCCUCCUCCUCCUUCUCCUACUCGAAGAAGGAGACGCCGCGCUUCGAGCUACGAGCGUUCCAGGAGGAGAGGAAGCCAUCGCGGCUGUUUGAGAACCCCGCGGAGGAGGUGCGCGUGAAGAAGGUGCGUCCAUCGGAGGAGAUGCUGGAGCUGGAGAAGGAGCGCCUGGAGCUGAUCCGCGGUCAGGCCGUGAAGAAGAACCCAGGCAUCGCCACCAAGUGGUGGAACCCUCCCCAGGAGAGAACCCUGGAGGAGGAGCUGGACCCAGAGCAGCUCGACUCACACAGGAAGUACCAGCAGAGGAAGCAGCAGCGCUCGCAAGGCCCCGGAUACGCCCACAUGGCUAGCCAGCCCCCAGUGGUGACCUUUGAUCUCCCAGAGGCCAACCCCAGAGAGGAUGUGGUGGUGGACCAGAUCGACUUCCUGUCCGCCAGGAAGCAGUUCCUGCAGAGUGAGCAGGCCAAGCAAGGGGGCGGGACCAGGAGAGACGUGGCUCCUCAGAUCUACUCCGCCAAACCGUUCUCCGUCUCCACGGGCAACCGUGCCCGCAGCCCAUUGGCCGAGCCAGGUGACAUCCCCACGGCGCAGCCAGAGAUGAUCAGCUACAGCUCCGAAGAGUCUCCUCCCCCUGGGAAGAGUGACAUGACCUGGGCGGAGGAGGGAGGCGGAGACUUCACGUGCGCGCGUGCCGUCAUGACAAUCCUGAGGGAGGAAGACUCGGACGGGCGGGCCCAGCCCCUUGGCUCCUCCUACCACCUGGAGGAGUUUGACUCGGGAUUGGACGAGCUGUCCUUGCGCUCCCAGGACACGGCGGUGCUGGAGACCCUGUCUAAUGACCUGAGUCUGGACACAGUGUCCGACCAGGACGCCCUUAGUCUGCCCCCCACUCCACAGCCCACCACCCCGGUAAACGGGCGUCUGGAGCCAGGCCCACUCGCUCCCCCUGGGUAUGCCGGACCCAGCGAGGACGAGCUGGAGUAUCAGGCGGGCAUCCUCGUCCGCAACGCCAUCCAGCACGCCCUAGGGUCUCAGGAGGAAGAUUGGCAGCCCUCAAACUCCCUCGAUACCCAGUCCUCCCUCCUCUCCUCCACCCACACCCUGCCCUCUCCCCUGUCCCCCCUGUCUUUGCCUUUCACCUUGUCCUCCCCCUCCUUCCCCUCCACUUCCCCUCAGCCCCCAGGCCCAACCCAGCAGCCCCCCCCAGACAAGCUUUCGGUCACCCUAUCCCCCAACCCCCGUCAAUCGCCCACAACUUCCCCCCCAGCCCAAAGACCCUCCCCAGGGCCAGAAAGAAGAGAGGGGGGGCCCAGGAUCAGAGUCCAGUCUUCCUACGCCAGAGCCCUCGCCGCGGACCCUGAGCCCACACCAGCCCCAGCCGUGGCCCCAGCCCCCUUCAGGCCAGCCCAGCCCUACCCUGCGCCCCCGUCCAGCCCCCCCAGGGAGAAGCAGGAGUUCAGCUACUUCAGUAAGUACUCGGAGGCAGCCGAGCUGCGGAGCACGGCGGCGACGCCCGCCCCGGAGGCAGAGCCGAGCGCCGGCCCGUUCCGUCUGCGCUCCAGGAAGCAGAAGACCCUGUCCAUGAUUGAGGAGGAGAUCCGCGCUGCACAGGAGAGAGAGGAGGAGCUGAAGAAGCAGCGUCAGACGCUGGGGGUCCGACAUGCCCCUGGCCACGCCCCUGGCAAAAGACCCAGUCAGAGGGUCACCGUUUCCCCUGGCGACAAGCUGAAGAGCAACAGCCUGCCAGCCAGACUGACCCUGACAUCCAGGACUGCCCCAGGUAAGAUUGAGAAGAUACGUCCAGCCCCCCCAGUGUCCCCCUCGCUCUCAGAGGGCCCCCCUGCCUCCCCCCUGUCUGACCAGGGCAGCGACGACUCUGGGGGGCGACCCAAGAACUUCAUGCAGACCCUGAUGGAGGACUACGAGACCCACAAGGUGAAGAGGCGUGACAAACAGGAAGACAACAGCUAUGCCCAUCUGUUGCUGGCUAGUGAGGUGACCACUGAGGUGCUGGAGGCUACAAGGGUGACGCGCAGGAAGAGCAACAUGGCGCUGAAGUGGGAGGCUGGUAUCUAUGCCAACCAGGAUGAAGGGCAGGGGGAAGAAGAGGAGGAAGAGGAGGAGGAGGAAGAAGAGGAGGAGGAGGAGGAAGAGUAGACUUCAUUAAAGCUAUAAGACAAUCAGUGGUGGUGGGAGAGGAGGAGAAGAGGAAGGUGGGAAGAGGAAGAGGAAAAAGAGAGGAGAAGGGCCUGUGGGGCACCCAGCAGUAUUUAUUCUUCUGAAGUGUUUUGAUCACAUGACCUAACCACUGGCCAAUCAGCUGACCGGGAGCCCUGAGCAAUACUCAGGAGACUCACGGCUUACAACGACAACGGGGGAGGGGGGCCCGUUUGGAGGGGGUAGGGGUCAAAGGUCAUUUGUAACGUUUGACUGCUCACAGGUUGUACAUGAGUUCUGUACUUUCAGACUAAAACAAAGAAUGAGUUGUGGAUGUAUGUAUGACAAAGACAAAGGGUCAGAGAGCUGUAGACAGUAUGACAUUUAAAGGGGGCCGAUUCUCUGCUGAUUCAGUGCAUGAGUAUUUUUCUCUCUCCUACUGUAUAUCACCACUGUCUCUCGGGGGUUAUCAUUCAGCUGCCAUCCUACUAGCCAUUACCUUUCUGGAGUGUUACUGGACUAGUUGGGGGGGGGGGGGGUGGAUGGAUAGAUAGAUGGAAUAAAAAUUAAUGUAAUGACACAUACGGAGUAUUAAGUCCAUGCUGUUGUAAAUAUGGUAGAGGCUCCACACACACAUACACAAAGACACACACUCACAAGUUAAUAUCGCAACUAUACAACACAGUUAUAGAAAUGAGGAGGCUUUCAGAGUGAAUGUUAGGCUUUUUUUGUAUUCCUAAAAUCAUUUGUUUUUACAUAUUGGCAUUGCUUGUUUAAUUUUGCGCUUUCGGAUGUAAGCAGCUAUUGUGUUUUAGAGGCCUAUUGUGGUGAAUGGUGGGAGACAUUGCAAUAUCUUGAUAUUAUUUUUGACCUAACUAUACAAGGGAACGUUUGAUCUGUCAUUUGAGGCUCUUUUUAUGAUCACAGUCAUCCAAAAACGACAGUAUACGAAUAAGAGAAUAAGUGAAUAAGACUGAUCGUACCUGUUAGCAACAGACCAGAACAUUAAUCAGAGGGCCCACUCUACUGCUGAUUCACACAUACAGCCAUUAACAUAAAAGACCACCCUCCAAUCAGAACCUUCCCUGGGGAUAUAACCUUCAAUCAGAACAUUUCCUGGAGAAAGAGUCUCCAUUCAGAAUUUUUCCUGGGGGACAAAACCUCCAAUCCGAAUGCUUCCUGGGACCGAAGCUCCAGAAGAGUCUGACAGUUACUCGUGGUGUUCUAGAAAAGUCUUUGCUUUUUUAUAUGCAUAUAAUAUAUCAGAAAAGUAUUUAUCGGGGUGUUGGCCCUUUAUGACUGUUGAUUUGGCUUGUUCCUGGACUAGAGUUAGACGGAGGGUUUUUACAGCGCUGACUGCCUGUCUUACCUGACAACCUGUUUGUCUUCACAGAAGGGAGUGACACACUGUGUGCUUUAAAGAGACCAGCAAAGAGAGAUUGGAGAGACUAUCAAAGGGACAGAACAGUUGGGGGAGACCAGCAAAGAGAGAGAAAAGAAAGUGAGAAAAUUAGAGAGGGAGUCCUAGCAUGCCUGAUGCUUGUAUUGAUGAGAAUGAGGGGCUGGAUGAAUAACAAGGUGACAGGUAAAAAGUGGCAGGUUUCACCUGCUAAUGUUGAUGGGUUUCACUUACAGAUGGUUUUAUAUAUAUGGGAGACUGACCAUGCAGUGGAGAUCAUACCCCUGGGAGUGGAAAAUAUUUAUAUUUUUAAGUCCAUGUAUGCGCAUUUAUCUAAGAUAUGUAUCCUUGUGUGAGGACCUCGGGGCACAGUCAGGGGGCAGUUCAUUUAUGGGAUGGCAGUGUAGUUGACAUGACAACCUUCUCUCUAGUUGGGACGUUGGUUGGAGGAAGUCCAGUCCUUCCUCUUAGUAUGUUGUGGGAUAUAAUGAUAUACCAAUGCACACCAAAAAAAAUUUCUGUGCGUUAUCCUGCGUUUUGUGUUUGAAUUUGAUGGUGGUGAUGAUUGUAUUUAUCGUUGUUACUGCGAAAAAAGGCUUACUUUGCUUCUGUCUGGGGGUGGGGGUGGGAUGUCUGUAUGUCAUGAGAGGAAACCCAGGAGAAACAGGGAAGAUCUGCCUCCUUCUGCCUGCUCCACACAACAAUAAACACCAAGGCUAGAUAAGGAGUAGAUGAUGACAGGGGGGGGGAGCAUGGAAUGGAGGACCUGUGGGGAUGAGUAUGUCCGGAUGGAGUCAUUAUAUUCAAUGUAAAGCCUGGGUUUAUAUAUUAACCACUUUUAUGUUCAUAUUAUGCUUUUAUAGCUCAUGUAGCCAAGGCUCACAUCAUACCCCUAUAUCAUUAUUUUCUCAUUAAAAUGGAAAUGGUGUCA